CGUCUGUAAGGGGAUGAGGGCCACCUGACACAACAUAGUAUGAGUGCCCUUGAAGUUGGCCCUUAAUAGCAAGCAGCAAAGGUAUACUUUAAAGGGGGCUAUUCAAAUGAUGAGCAAGCCAGGAAAAAGGUACAGCAAGAGAUGUUCAGUUCUCCUGUUAAACACUUUUGCUGACUGUGUCCUAUUCUUCCAAGCCACACAUGCUUUCACUAAUAGUUAUCUUUGUGGACAGUGGGUUCAACUAGCCAAGGGAAAAGGAACUUAGAAAACAAAGAUGAAAAUUGCCUUGAGGGUGGUGAAGAGCAAGGCUCUUUUUUCCUCUUUAGAAAUCCAGAUGAUGUCAGACUAUAAUGAAUAUACGUUGUUUGCUUUUUUUCUUUCUUAGGCUCCCUCCUCCUGAAUGUGUUGCUAAAUGUUUUCACCUCCAAUUAGUAAGGGCCGGGGUUUUGCUCAACUCACACUGGAGCUGUCAGACUUCUGGUUACCGACAGUUUGAGUUUUCAGCAGUCCUGCACAGGCAUGGACGAAAUACUCAGUUUCUUAGCUCCCAAUUCACCCUUUCUGUAGUAGGUUUGAGCUUUUGUUUGGUUCUGUGGUAGCAAUCAAAUUUUCUCAGUUUAUACUGUAGAGAAUAUGAUUCUGCUUUUCAACAUCGUCUUCUAAUUUCUAGAUAAUGAAUCCAAAUGGGGAGUCUGUCUUUAAGUCAAUCUUCUUUUUCCUUAAGUUAUUCUUUCCCACCUGUUUGUUUCUGUAACAGGGUCUGCCAACUUCCCAUUAAAUACUAUUAAAGCUCUACAGAUUUCUUUCUUCAGAACCUGAACUACUGUUCUCUAUGAUGAUAUCUUAAUUUUGUCCAAAUUAGUACAGUUGGACAUUGGUGCUUUUGAGUUUUUCUCUCUCAUGAACUUGACAGGUCUGCAGCCAGUUGUGUCUUUGGUAAAGGUCUUAAAUUGAAAAACAAAGACGGUGACAAUCUUCCUGAUAGGCAGUAAACAUCCUGUGACAUCUCAAUCAAUUACCAGAGUGUUUAGCCACCAUUUAUAAUACAGAACAUGGACUGUUUGUGAAUAAACUUGAUUUGCAGUCUCACAAAUAUUAGUAGGGGAGCUUAUAAAUAUCAGGAGGAGGGGAAAAGUUAAUCUGCUCAAACAUGGAAUGUUUUCCUUUUGACUUGUGCAUCUUUUAUUUCUUUUUCCUCAUAAGCAUUCUCAGAGAAAGUGGAUGAUUGAUUUUAAAAUGACCCUAAUUCAAGGUUAUGCCAAUGAGACAACUGUCUUUAUCUUUUGAUUUAGAUGUUCUAAUCUUUCCUUUACGUAAAGACUGUGUUGGCUUCAUUGCCUUUAUAAGCAAUCUUGCUUCCAGCAUUAUCUGCACGCUGGCUCACACGUUGUUUCACCAGCAGUCAUUCUUCUGUAACAAAAUUUCAGCGGGAGUUUUAUGUUACCUCUUUCAAGAAGCUUGAGUAGUUUCCUCUUUAGGACCUGAAGAAGUACGAUAGAUCCUUGGUCAUGAAGACAGUUCUGAAAAACAGCAUCUUCAAGAGGUGUCUUUUUCACCCUGCCCUCAUCCAGAGAAAGAGAAAUUCAAAACAUUUCAGUUAAGGCUUCAAAUUGUUCCAGAUGAAGGAGAAAGCCUUCAGCAAAAGGAUGGUCUGACUGACAGGUCAGCUUCAGAGUAAAGCCAAGCCUGAGAAACAGGAAUACAGAGGCUUUCCAAGAGCAGAAGCAAUGAGCACUGAGAUACCUUCCAACCUAAUCAAACAUGCAGGGCAGACAAGCAUUCCAUCUCUUGAAAAUAUAACAGAUUUUUCCUUAAAUAUCACUGACUGCAACCAGGUCGUUGUGCCAGAGGAAGUCUUUUUCACUGUUGCUGCUGCUGGCAUACUAGAAAAUCUACUUGUCCUUGUUGCUGUCAUCAGAAAUAAGAAUUUGCACUUGCCCAUGUACUUCUUCAUUUGUAGCUUAGCCAUUUCAGACAUGUUAGGCAGCUUGUACAAAACUCUGGAGAAUAUCUUUAUUAUCUUGUGCAAAAUGGGGUACCUGACACGUCGUGGGGACUUUGAGAAAAAGCUGGAUGAUGCCAUGGAUUCCAUGUUCAUUCUGUCUUUACUGGGGUCCAUUUUCAGCUUGCUAGCUAUUGCAGCAGACAGAUACAUCACUAUCUUCUAUGCUUUGCGGUACCAUAAUAUAAUGACAGUACGAAGGGCUUUGGUCAUCUUGGCAAUCAUUUGGACAUUCUGUGCUGGCAGUAGCAUUGCCAUUGCUCUCUUCUCCCAUGAAAUAGCUACAGUCAUUCCCUUCACCAUCCUGUUUCCUUUAAUGAUGUUUUUUAUACUCUGUCUCUAUAUCCAUAUGUUCCUCCUGGCUCGAUCUCAUGCUAAAAAGAUUGCCUCGCUGCCAACUGGUGCAGUCCAUCAGAGAACUAACAUGAAAGGAGCCAUUACACUGACUAUUUUCCUUGGAGUCUUCCUUUGCUGUUGGGCCCCCUUUGUUCUUCACAUCCUUUUAGCAAGGUUUUGCCCACACAACCCUUACUGUGCCUGCUACAUGUCCAUUUUCCAUGUGAAUGGGACCCUCAUAAUGUGCAAUGCAAUCAUCGAUCCUAUGAUUUUUGCAUUCCGAAGCCCAGAAUUACGGAGUACAUUUAAGAAGAUGUUCUGCUGUGCGAGGCACAACUGGAACUGGUAGAAAUUAAAUGAAGGUCAAUAUUACAGAAGCGCACCCAGUGCAACAUCAGUUUGCAGAGUUAAAAAUACUAAAGCAAAAUAAUACUACACUUGCAGGUCAUUGCCAAUGAUUUUCAGAGAGCUGUAAAAGAAUAAGUAUGAGCAAAGUAUUCAGACAAGUCUUUGUCAACUAAACCUCCAGAAAUAUUACUGAUUAAGUGAAUUCUACUGAUAAUUUUCAUGCAAUAGUCUAAAAAUAACUGCAUCAACUAUCUGUUAUCAUUUCAGAAAAACUUAAAUGUAAAUCUUCUGCAGCAAGUCUUGUGUUCCCCCAGAAAAGAGUUAAUACAGUAAUUUCAAUUUAAAAUGUAUACUACUUUAAAAUUAUGUUGUUUAAAUCACAAAUAAAUGAAUAAUUAUUUGAAAACUCCACACUUACAUAGAAGUCUGUAAUAAAGCAGAAAAUAUGAACACGUGUUUGUAAUUCGCUGGCAAUGUUCACUCAUUACUUUGUUCUUCAACAUUGGGUCUCCUUAAAAUCUUGCCGUUAGUAAUUUUCAAGUGUCAAAAAUAACUUUUGGAGCAUGAGUCCAAGCAGAGUUAUUUUGGUUUAAAAGCUAUUUUCAGUGACUAAAGAGUUUUUCCCAACAUAGAGAUGUUAUGGCAGCACAGAUUAUAGGCUUUCAAUUUUAAAACCCCAAAGUCAGAUCUGGAUCAGCAAAGGGAAUUGCUGAUUUUGCCAGCUCCUCAUUUAAAUUCCAUAGGCCAGUUUAUUUUAAUAAAAUAAUAGGCUUCAGAGAAAGUAAAAGAACUCUGAUAUAGCAUUAAUUUUCUAAACAUGACAAACACAACAAGGAAUUAAAAAAAUAAAAUACCAGACAGAAAAUUGAAAGAUCUCCAAGGAAUUCAGUCAUCUGAUAAGGGAUCAGCUUGCCAGUUUGGAAGAAUGCUACAAAACAGAUUGCUAUUUACAAUAUCCUAGUGAGAAAUUUUUGAAUUAUCCCUGUCAAAAUAAUACAACACUUAGUAAGGCAGAA